CCGGCCUUUAGCUCCAUCCUCCCUCCACCCCCCUUUACCGCCAUCUCCAACGGUCCAAUUUCUCCAAACAAAAGGGAAGCAUCGUUGGACUGACCACUUCAGAGCUCACACUUCAAUCUUCUGCCACUUGCUCUCCUCCAAAUCUCCCUCAAAUAGCUCUCAAAUUGAUUUACCUGCCCCCCCCCCCAACGCCAUCUCCUCACCGUAUCAUGUCGGAACGCCCCCAAAACAUCGGCAUCAAGGCCAUUGAGAUCUAUUUCCCCAGCCAGUGCGUCGACCAAGCCGAGCUCGAGAAGUUCGAUGGCGUUAGCCAAGGCAAAUACACCAUCGGCCUUGGCCAGACGAAGAUGAGCUUCUGCGACGACAGAGAAGACAUCUACUCCUUCGCCCUGACCGUGACAGCCAACCUGCUCUCGAAAUACAAGAUCGACCCCAACUCCAUCGGCCGCCUCGAGGUCGGCACCGAGACCAUGCUCGACAAGUCCAAGUCCGUCAAGUCGGUCCUGAUGCAGCUCUUCGGCACCAACUCCAACAUCGAGGGCGUCGACACCAUCAACGCCUGCUACGGCGGCACCAACGCCUUCCUCAACUCCGUCGCCUGGGUCGAGUCUUCCGGCUGGGACGGCCGCGACGCCAUCGUCGUCGCCGGUGACAUCGCGCUGUACGCCAAGGGUAACGCCCGCCCCACCGGCGGCGCCGGCGCCGUCGCCAUGCUCAUAGGUCCCAACGCUCCUGUUGUCGUCGAGCCCGGGCUCCGUGGCUCUUACAUGCAGCACGCGUACGACUUCUACAAGCCGGACCUCACCUCCGAGUACCCCAUCGUCGACGGCCACUUCUCCAUCUCCUGCUACACCGAGGCCGUGGACGCAUGCUACAAGGCCUACAACGCGCGCGAAGCCACGCUCAAAAAGCUUGCUAACGGCGCUUCUGAGGAGGACGCCAGCAAGACUCCUUUGGAUCGUUUCGACUACAUGACCUUCCACGCCCCGACCUGCAAGCUCGUGGCAAAGUCCUACGCUCGUCUGCUCUACAACGAUUACCUCACCAACCCCACCGCCGCGGCCUUCGCUGACGUCCCGGAGACUCUCCGUGAUAUCGACUACAAGACCUCCAUCACCGACAAGACCGUCGAGAAGACCUUCAUGGGCCUCACCAAGGCCCGCUUCGGCGCCCGUGUCCAGCCUUCCAUCGAGGUGCCCACCAUGUGCGGGAACAUGUACUGCGGUUCCGUGUGGGGCGGUCUCGUGUCUCUGCUCUCUAACGUCAGCUCUGAGGAUCUGCAGGGGAAGCGCAUUGGAGUUUUCUCCUACGGCUCUGGGUUAGCAAGUAGCUUGCUCAGUCUGCGCGUUGCUGGACCAACUGGCGACUUGGCUAAGGCUGUCGAUCUCAAGGCACGCUUGGCCGCCAGGAGGACUGUUAAGCCGGAGGUUUAUGAUGAGCUUUGUGAUUUGAGGAAGAAGGCGCAUUUGCAGAAGGGGUAUAAGCCAGCGGGCAGCGCGGAGACGGUUGUGGCUGGGACUUACUACCUCGAGGAGGUUGAUGAGUUGUUCCGUCGCAGCUACUCUGUCAAGGCUUGAAGGGCUCUCUAACUUCUCGCACUCCACUCACUCAUGCACUCCUUAUUAGUGGGUGAGUGGGUGAGUGAGUGGGUAGUUAAAGGUUUUUGGCUGCACAACCACAGGCAUUUACGAGGCAUUUUUUUGCGUGGCAAAAUUGGCAUUAUGGAUAGACUAGACAGAAGAUGAGGGGUUUUUUACGCUGAUGGAUGUCAUGAGGAUCAUGCUUGAUGGAUGGGGAGGGGGAUACGCACUGUAGAUAACUCGACGUUGCCCUCCGCACCAUUUACGGGCACGGGGGAGUGGUAGAGAGGGUGGUCUGUGAAGCUACAAAAAACCAGAAUCUUAUAAUGAUAACACUAUGGGAU